AUGACAAAUACAUACCCUGAAGAAACUGAGGAUGGCCGUGAUAGCUUGAUGGUAAUGGAUCCUGAACGUCUCAAAAUAUUUGUUGAUUAUAUGGAGAGUCACCCUGUUGGCCUUGUAUGCAGCCCACCACAUUCAGGAAAGACCACACUUGGCAUGCAGUUACACAAACAUUACCUCACAAACAAUUACAAUACUGUGUAUAUUAGUCUGGCAACAUUGGAAAGCAAUCCACAUGCACACAGCUAUGAGGGCUUUAAUGAAUUCUGGAUGUCAAAGACUGAUAGUUCUUGGACAAGUAUUAGUAGCAGCAUAGUGCCAACUAGGAUUAUUGUUGAUGAAGCACAGGUUAUCUAUGAUAAUGCUGGGUUCUUUUGGGGCACUUUAAAGGAACUUUCAUCAACCCAGUACAAGCACAACAUCCGGGUGCUCUUACUAGGUACACAUCAUCCAACUUACAAAAUUAUGACACCAAUGACAUUCCCAGAUUCUCUUGGAUUAUCAUCCCUUCAUUUGAUAGAAGAUGAAUUUGGAUGGUCACAAGCAUGUAUGUCCAAAAGUGACAAAGGGGACAGCUCUUCAGCAUUGCUAAACCUGUAUCAGAAGUUUCCAAAUGGUGGAUCACCAGAGGAUAUGCUGAAGCAUCUUGCUUCAAAGAUAUUUCUGAAUCAUUUAUCGAGUUCACAUGCUCUUUAUUGGGUACAUAACUGGCAACCAACAGAUCAGGAAGCCACCUUUCUGCAUAGAUUAUUACUCAAGUGUGACCCUGACUCAACUUUUGAAUUUAUUGAUUGUAUUGGAAAUCCAACAAUUGAAAUAUUCCUCAAGAUUGGCAUUAUCAUUGAAGACUAUUCCUAUGAAAAAAUGUAUUUUGCUGCUCCCAUUAUGCGGAUUGUCCUGAGUAACCAACUAUUUACUGCACCUGUCAACAUGCAAAAUUUACCUACAAAGACAUUUGAUGAAUUAUUGGUGUGGACAAUUGAGCGAAUAUCAUCAUCUGUCUUGAAAAACUCCUUUGGACAGGGGUAUGAUUCCUACUUGCUUGAACAAACUUGGCAGAUGGAAUGGUAUUGUACUGCAAAGAGUGCAAUACCAGAAAAUCCAACAAUUAGUCCUGAUGGUGGUCAAUAUGAAGUAAUUCCAAUGAAUGAUUGGGCCAUUCUUGACUUUCAUCAUCACUCUAAAUGUGUUCGGAAUUUAAUGCCUAACUUCUGGUACAUACUCUACUCAGAUGAUUAUGAGCAAGUUACGAUUGUGCGUCAUGACAAAGAAGAUUGUGUUCUUCACCUAAUCGGGGAUGAUUUUAAGUGA